GGAAUCCUAGGAUCCGGCGCCGGGUGGCCAUUCGCAGACGGGCACCGAAGCCUGCAGCGUCUUGCGCGCACCGCAGUCGACACGAUAUCCCUCAGAUCCUCAUAGGCUGGCAGCCGAACAACAUACGAGACAACUACCGCACACCAUGACUACGCUCUCUCACCACCCUCCAUCCACAGCACCAGCACCAGUACCCAUCCACAGUGCUUGUCGGACCAACAAGCGUGAACCUGUGAAGAGAUCGUCCAUCGAGGUCACAGUUCGAACGGCGCACGGUCCGGGCAGUCGGUACUGAGGCUGUGAAUGGCGUGAACGGCUCGUAAACGCGUUCGGAUGCGCGAUUUAUGCGGCGGCGCGCUGUGUCAGCGGGUCUCAGGGUGGUCGUGGUCGUCGCACCAACGCUCCACGGCGACGCAUUGCAUUGCAUGCUAUCAGGCGGCGCCGAUGCGGCGGCGGGCAACCAAGGGCGGGCGAGUUGCGACCACCGAGCCGAUGUCAGCGGAGGUGCAUCGAUACCACCCCACAGCCCUACAACUUUCGCAUCUGGUAAUCCACUCUGCAUUGUACUCGCGAGCAGGGCAAGGAGUGUGUCCACGCGUCAUCCACCUGAUGUUGCGGUGUCUGGGAUCGCAGUAUCGAGUCCCUCACUUACAUACAAGCCUUACGGCAGAUCGGGCCCGGUACUCAUGCCAGCCUGAGUGGUUCUCAUCGCAUUCAGCCACUGCUUACUCGGCUCUGCCACCGCCGCCAUACAUUGACCAUUCUGCGCCACCUUCAGCGUUUCUAGAUUCCCCUGGCAACAACAGCGGUAUGCCACGGAGAAACGAUGUCAUGCAAUGCACCGGCCUGGGGACACUGAUUUUUAUGAUACUUCCAGAUGCGCCAGGGGCGGAUGAACACAGACUGCAAGCGGGUCAACUCAUAUGUCAAAAGAAGCACUCUAUCUCUCUAUUACAUGACGGCUUCUCCGCAGUCUCCCUGGCGCGCGGAUGUCUCAGCCGCCACGUCCAGGCAAACGAACCGCUCCUUCGAGCCAAGCAUCGCCGUUGAGUCCCCUUCGCGGGACACCAGAGGCACGCGAGCUCGAUCGCGCACUCCGAAUCGACUCCUGGCCGCCAGGAAGGGUGGAGUGACCGUCGACGCCGCGGACGGGUUACGACAGGGCCCUCUCACGGGGCGGGUCCGCUGAUCCCCCGCCCGCUCCCCACUAUACCUGCCCGCCUCGCGACCGCCGU